CCUCUUUCCUCUACUUGCCCGUGCACUUUCGCUGUCUCUCUCUCUCGCUCACAAUCUACGAACCAUGGCGAAGGCGGGCGAAGGGCUGUUCAAGAAAUACAUUCCUAAGGACAUCCAUGAGAAAAUUCGAAACGUCCUGGAGUUCAAGCCCAAGGACCCCAACCGAGGAUGGCAGGUACCUCCGGCGAACGCUGCUACCCCAGGGCUAAACGCAAAGGAGUACCGCACGCCUGCACCCAACUCGCAGCCACAGGCGAACGUACCGGUGUCAGACAACCCCGACCUUCAGCACGACAUCGGGUACUUCAAGAGGGACACCAGGAGGGCGCCGCGACAGAUACACUCUUACGUGGCUCCUUCUCUCAGGAUGCUCGCGGAUGAACGGGUCAAGGCCCUCGAGCUUAUCUCGAAUGAGCUAGGACCUGAAGACCCGGCGCCAUCUCAGGGGAACAAGAACCCGGCCGUGCUCAAGUACGACCCCACAGGUCUUCGUAGCACCAUGUCGGCGACCAACGAGGCCUGGGCGGAAUCCGUCAAGAAGCACAUGCCCACCCACAACGUGAAGCCGUGGUGGUGGCAUUCCGAUGUGGACCACGUGGCCGAGGCACAGGCGAAGGGACUACCGCCCCCGCCGGGACGCCGCAUGGACUGGGAGGCACCGAAGAGCUCUAAGCUCGCCAGCUGGUAGAGAGAGAGAGAGAUAGCUUGGACAGACGACGCCGGUUUCUUCCGUGUUUGUGUCUGUUUUUUUGUCUCGACAAAAGUGUUCUUUGCUUGGUAGUGAUUGGGUUGGUCGCCAUGCGCCAUCGUUGGGUGCCAGGGUCUGGUCUCGCGGCAGAGGAGAAGCGGCUAUUGUUUGCGGCGGAGGAUAUGGGUGGGUGGAAGGCUCCUUGGCACCAGGUCGACUCUAGCUAGACGAGUCUCGGGGAGAGAGGGUUUCCUUGCAUAAUGCCGGUUCCUCUGGAAGUCGCUUUUGUUUCCCUUGAUGCGUUGUAGCGGGAGCCUUGUCCUUGAUGCAAAAAGAUUUCUGUCUCCAUGCUCCAUUUACUUGUUUGUUUUUCUUGAGCUUGGAUAGCUUUAAGCUGCUGGAUAGCCAGGGCAACGGAAGAUCAACGGGGAGAAAAAAGAGGUUACGGCAGUAGCGGUAGUGUUUUGUUUUCGGGGGGGGGGCUCUUGUAGACCGGCAAAGACACAUUGAUUCUGUCACACAUGCUUUUUUUACGCUGUUCCAUGUGUUUGGGGCUUGAUCGCUGUGACGCGAAACUGUCGCGCCAAGGACAGGGCCAGCUCUAAUCAUAUGGUCAUACGCAAACGUGAUUCGAUUCCAUGUUAUCAUCCUGCUCGGGGUGUGGUCCUGUUUGUCCGAUCGGUAUCAUGUUCUUAAACGAUCUCUCGAUCGCACCGACCGGUAGGCCGUUCCCCAUUUUGCUCCUUUUUUUUCUUUUCUGCUUCUUUUUUUCGGCAAGCAUCUGCUUGAAAAGUCCAAUCUGCUCGUUGGUUCUGCUCCUUUUCGUCCGUUAUGCCCUCCGUUAUGCUCGCUGUUUUGGGCCACUUUUGCUCUUUUCUGCUACUUUUCGGUGGAUAUGCCCUCUCGUAAUGCUUGUUUUUCCGUCAAC